AUGCGUUUCUCCGUCGCCGCCGCUUCCACUGCUCUCCUCGCUCUCGCUGAGGCCCGCAUCACCGGUAUCAAGGUCCCCAAGGAGAUCAAGGCUGGCGAGGCCUUCGAGGCUAUCGUCGUUCGCGAGAACUACAUCCAGAGCGUCUUUGACUCUUCCAUUGUCUUUGGCUACUCUCCCGACCCUUACCCCGGCACUAUCGGCCAGGUCCUCGACUCUGUCCCUCUCGGCAAGGACGAGUCCAACCAGAUCGAAGACCUCAAGGUCAAGCUUACUGUCCCCGAGUCCGCUGAGAAGGGCGAGGGUGUCGUCUCCGCUGCUCUACUCAGCGUCUACGGUGCUUCUGGAAGCCCUACUCUCAGCGAGUACAACGUCACCGUUACCAUUGGUGACAAGACCAGCACCGAGUACGGCGAGAGCAGCUAA